CUCCGAGAGACUGUCCUAGUUGAGCAUCAAAUAUUAACACUCAUGCCUUUGGUGAUUAACCAGCAAUUUAUCUUAACCUGCUAAACGACAAUAUCAGAAUAGCAAAUAUACGAAGUGUAAUGAUAUACCCCACCGCUUUCUCCCAAGCGAUUUGAGAUCUUUUCAAGCUCAAACCAAAACAAACCGAAGUUUGAGAGGCUUAGCAUAGACAGAGCUCAUAUCACAACGACCCAGCCAUGGUUUCUCUGGCUUCUCUUCAACGCGCCGGAAACUCCAUUAUAGUAUCUUCUUCCUUUAACUCUAAAAUCUAUCACCCAUUCUCUUCUCAUUCUCUCACUCUCAAAACUUCAACUAGCUCUAAACCUCUGUGUGCUUAUGCAAACCCUAACCCCAAGGUUUAUCGUCGGCCCAGCUUCAACACACACGUGGAUAAGCAGAGGAGCAAGACGAACAAUAUUCAAAUUAUGAACGACCCGUUGCCUGGAAAUUCAGAAAGAGAGAAUCUUGAUGUUGACUUGAUGAGUCUGUGCAAAGAGGGUAAGGUUAAAGAAGCUAUUGAGUAUAUGGGUCGUGGUGUCCUUGCUGGUUAUGAUGUGUUCAGUGAGUUGUUGGAUUCGUGUGUGAAUUUGAGUUCGCUUGAAAUGGGAAGAAGGGUUCAUUAUUUAUUAGGAAAGUCACCGUUUAGUAAUGAUACUGCAUUGAACAAUAAAUUAAUUGAAAUGUAUGGAAGAUGUAAUAAUAUUAAAGGUGCACGCAAGGUGUUUGAUCAAAUGCGUGAGAAAGAUUUGAGUUCAUGGCAUAUGAUGAUCAAUGCUUAUGCGGUUGAUGGAGAAGGUCAAAAUGGGUUGUUGUUGUUUGAGCAAAUGAGAAAAUUGGACCUUUUACCUAGUAAGGAGACUUUUGUGGUGGUCUUGGCAGCUUGUGCUAGUGCAGGAGCUGUGAAAGAAGGAUUUAUGUAUUUUGAGUUGAUGGAGAGUGAAUAUCGUAUAGUACCCAAAAUUGAGCAUUAUUUAGGAGUUAUUGAUAUCCUAGGGAGAGCAGGUCAUUUGAAUGAAGCUGAGAAGUUCAUCGAAAAAAUGCCAUCUGAGCCUACAGCAGAAGUAUGGGAGACUCUUAGAGAUUUUGCUCAAAUUCAUGGAGAUGUUGAACUUGAAGACCAUGCUGAGGAGUUAUUGGUUGAUCUUGAUCCUUCUAAGGCCACUGUUAACAAGAUCUCAUUGCCUCCAAGGAAGAAGCAAUUUGCAACUAACAUGCUUGAGGAGAAGAAUAGAGUGAAUGAAUAUCGGUGUACAGAACUCUAUAAAGGAGAAGGGUAUCAGAAUAUGAAAGGCUUGAAUGGACAGAUGAGAGAAGUGGGGUAUGUGCCUGACACAAGAUAUGUGCUUCAUGACAUUGAUGAAGAGGCAAAAGAGAAGGCCUUGCAAUACCAUAGUGAGCGUUUGGCCAUUGCUUAUGGUUUGAUUAGUACUCCGGCUAGGAUGCCUCUUAGGAUAAUGAAGAACCUUAGAAUCUGUGGUGACUGCCACAAUGCAAUAAAGAUCAUGUCCAAGAUUGUUGGAAGAGAGCUAAUUGUUAGGGAUAACAAGCGGUUUCAUCAUUUCAGAGAUGGCAAAUGCUCUUGCGGGGAUUACUGGUAAAACCAUUAACACUAUAUUCAAUCCAUCAGCUAGACUUUCUUCUAAUAUGCUAUUAGUGUUCUGUGCAACGUACAUUUCUGAGUGAAGGAAAACCAGAUCAGAUUUUGGUGCUGUGCUGUACAUUAUGCUUGUACUUAAGGUUCAUUUUAAUAAAAAUCAAAUCGAAUGCCAAACCUAGUUUUUGUUUUUGCAUUGUAUGUUAGAUUUUCUAGUGUGUUUAUAUAUGCUUCUGUAGUUCUGUACUGCACAUUCGAAAAAUCUGAUGAGAUGGUACACCACUAUAUCAACCACUGAACGUCUAAGGACUGAUAUGGCCCCCUGAGAGCUCAAGUUUCCCAGUCUCACCUCAGGUCAAAUGGCAAAGUACCCAGAC